AUGAGCGAGAUGAACGCAGCGCACAAACGAGAAUUAGACAGCACGGGAUAUGUGGUGAUAGAUGGGUUUAUACAAGGCGAUGAGCUGUCCCAGCUCAGAGAAGCGGCAGCGGCAGCAGAACAGCUCACACGCAGUCACCGCUGGCCACAUAGGCGCGUAGUGGGCAAGCAGUUCCCGCCAUGGAGUGACGCGGAUACUCCUGAUAGUUGGGGACUGCGUCUGCCGCAAUUUCGUGCGUUCUACGCCAACACCCGCCUCACAGCGCUGGCAGCGGGGCUAAUUGGAUGCGAUGAGGGAGCUCUCCAAAUGGAGCUUUUCAAUAUGCUCAUCCUGCCUGCGAAAACGUCUUUCAACCUCAGCUGGCACAGGGAUCACGUGAACCACGCUAUCGAAGCGGAGGCGGAGGAGCAGGCGCUACGUGUGCCACACUACGGCAUCCAGUUCAACGCACCACUCUAUGACGAUGGUUGUUUAUGGGUUGUGCCGGGCUCACAUAGACAGGUGCGGAAUCAUAUCCAGAGAGAGCUCAGCUGCAACACCCUCCCAACUACCAACCCCGCACUCAUGCCUCACGCCAAGCAGGUACACUUGAAGGCCGGCCAGAUUCUUUUCUAUAACGCUAACAUCCUCCAUUGCGCUGCUUAUCCUCAGUCCCCUCCCGCUCCCGCGCGCGCUACCCUCCACGGAUCAUUCGGGGACGCGAAUGGCGGCUCUGAACGCGCUGUGGGCGUACUCCAGCAUGGCUUGGAGUGGAUGAAAGAGCCUUCCUUUGGGGACGGGCCUGGUCGCCACAUGUGGCUGCGUUUGCUUGAUAUGUACGAGAAAGCAGGGUGGGAUGAGAAAGGGGGUAAAUUUUCACUAACUGAGUGA